AUGGAUAGAUACAAUCCUACGGAAAGGAGCCAGCGUAGCAAAUCUCCUGUAUCCUCACCCGAUGAGAAACGACGCAAGAAGGCUGAUGAAGAUGAGGAAUAUACCAGACGACCUUCCAAAGCAGAUGAUCAAGAUAUGAAAGAUGCUGAUGAGAAAUCCGAAAAACCAGUCUCCAAGCGGUUAUCUUCAACGGAAUUUCGAGAGAAAUUACUCCGUGAGAAAAUCCUCGCUAUGCGUCGUUCUAGCGACAAGGUGAGCAGCUCACCGAAGAUGGACAAGCAGUGA